AACCGCUGCUGCGAACGCUUAUCGAAGAAAACUACCGUAGUCUAACUUUAGGCGGAAGACUUGGGAACAACUGUCCGUCAAAAUGAUGAAAUAUGGAGUGAUCUUCGUGCUUUUGAUAGCACUGGCUUUGGGCGCCCGUGAUAGAGCGCGCAUGGUAAGCCGCGCUUGUCAAAAAAUCCGAAAAACUGGCGAAUGCCCUCGACCUAUGAUUGGGAAGUUCUUGUGCAAAGACUUAGGAAACGGGGAAAUAGAACACAAGAAUUUGUGCCAGUUCAUGAAGGACAACUGCCAUGACCCCAGAGAAGACGGCUAUCACCUGUGUGACGCAGACAAAGAACCAAUCACCCACCGCAGCUCGGGUCACGUGGACGGGCAAGGGAGGUUCCAUGCGCACGGUCGAGGCGGUUACCAUGACAGCGAGGGUCACUACCACAAUCACGGACGUGAUCAACCGCACCACCAUUAACCGGGAACGUCGAGAAUUUCGUGAUUUUGAAUUGGAAUUGAGAGUAGCUGUUAGGCCACGUGACUUGUUAGUUUUCUGAUGUAGUCAUCUUACAAACUGGGGGACAUACAUGUAUAUGUUCUAUGUCAACUGCCAAAUGGCAGGAUCGAAUUCUUUGGUGAGCCUUAAAUACUCAACCUAAAACUGUGAAACAUAGACGCACAUUUGUCAGUAACAAUUUAAAACUAUUUCUAUUCAACAACUGUACCACCUAAGUUUUAGAAUUAAAGCUUUAGUUUUUUCCAGAAAUGUCA